CCUUUCCCAUCGCCUUUCCCCUUAUGGAUCAAAACCAGAUGUAUAUACCGACCGGUUUCGAGAAAUACACGGUUGGCUUUGAAGUGGGCGGCCAUCACUUUUCAUCCACUAUUUGGGACACUUCUGGAGCCCUGGCGUACGACACCGUGAGACCCCUGUCCUAUCAAAAUACGGACGUAUUUCUCAUAUGUUUUCAUUUGGGAGACUGGAGUUCACUGCAAAAUGUCGUGAAUAAGUGGUACCCAGAGAUCCAGCAGCACUCGCCCGCCGUACCAAUCAUUCUGUGCGGCUGUCAAUCGGAUCAGCGGUUCAGUCAGCAGUCGUACAGCGAAAUCAAUUCAGUCAACAAUUACUCGUUGUAUUCAUUAUCGCCGACAGUGGACACCAAACGGAAACCCGUUUUCUCUGAAGAGGCGCUGGCCGUGAGCCGACAAAUCGGUGCCAUAACGUACGUGGAAACGACAUCCCUAUAUAAUAACCGGACGGCACAGGAGGCGUUUGAGGUGUCAGCCCUGGCAGCCAAAGGCAAACUCAAUAACAACAGCAAACUCAAGACCUCCUCGUCCUCCCAGACCCUCACCCGACAUAAGUCGGUGUUUAAGCUCCGGAAAUGC